AGUCUGGAACAGUCUAGAAGGGAAAGAGCAAUGUUCUAGUGUAGUUUACAUGUCACACUUUCAAUAGUGCGAUCCUUUUGUGAUAUUUGGCGAAACAAUCGACUUCACGACCUUCUGAAAAGCUUGGGACUGAAUAUAUAUUUGUGUUUCUGUUCUUUAGCUGUCGUGGGGUAAACAUUUUCCCUCCACGCGAUAGAUUGAUAGAUUUUUCCAUACAGUCGACAGUAGAAUAUUUCGUUUCCAAAAUGACUUGGUCCGUAAGCAGUUGUUUCUUUACUCUGGUCGUUCUGUUCCUCUGGCGGGUCGAAGACAUCGCAGAAGCUUGCAGUUGCUCCCCUGCGCAUCCUCAACAGGCUUUUUGCAACGCAGAUGUCGUGAUCAGGGCAAAGGUGGUUGGAAAGAAAGUGGUUGAGGCUGGUAAUGACGUCUAUGGUAACACCAUCAAGAGGAUCAAGUACGACAUCAAACAGAUCAAGAUGUUCAAAGGUCCUGACCGGGAUAUCGACGCCAUCUUCACUGCACCCUCCUCAGCCGUUUGUGGCGUUACUCUGGAAACCAACGGCAACAAGGAGUAUCUCUUCACAGGCAAGCUGGAGACUGAUGGAACGAUGCAUGUUACACUGUGUGACUUUAUUGAGUCUUGGGAGGCCAUGAGUGCCACACAAAAGAAGAGUUUGACUCAACGCUAUGAGAGUGGCUGCAAGUGCAAGAUCAUCCGCUGCACUUCCAUCCCCUGUACGAUCAGCGCCCCGGAGGAGUGUCUGUGGACGGACUGGGUGAUGGAAAAGAGCCACAGCGGUCCCCAGGCCCAACACUUUGCCUGUAUCAAUAGGAGCGAUGGGUCCUGUGCCUGGUACAGGGGGAUAGCCCCACCCAAGAAAGAGUUCCUGGAUAUUGAAGACCCCUAAACUCUACAGGUCAUCCACUCACUGUUCAGAGUGACUAAAGAUGUCUGCAAUUAAUACAUGGAGAAAACAAAAGUACACAAAGCUACAAAUCCAAAUAAUUAUGAUUAAAUAAAUCAGUAAAGUAGUUAAUAACAAUGAAUUACAAGACCCAUAUUGACUUGUCCAGUUGUGAUGUCACAUAGAGAGGUCAGGUGACAGGUUGCAGGAAAUAGUCAGUAUGCAAGAGAGCAACAAUCUUGAGAAAACAGCACUUUCUGACCCCCCACCUCUCUAAAAGCGCUUACUGGUCACUUCUUGUACAAGUGCAAUAAAAAUAAACUACAAAUC